ACAAUAAAAUCUGUUCUAACGCCUCUUGUAUGAUAAAAAAAAAUAUGAGUUUCUCGGCUCCAUUACAACUGGUAAGGCCUUAUAAUUCAUUUGCUGCAGAUCUGGUUUGUAUUAAGUUGGUUUUAUUGAAAUAAAUUAAACAUACUUCAUCUUUGACCAGCGUGCUCCUCUCCGUAUUUGUCGCAUUGUAAAUUUAGUUUUUGUUUGUUUUUCAAAGAAAGUGGUCAGGCAAGUAAUGGAGACCUUUUUACGAAACUACUAAAGAGAUAAUAAAUAUGAAGCAAGCAGCUAAUGAGCAGUUAUUUCGUUGUCACAUUCCAAGAAAAAAGCCAAGAUGAACAAUAAGCCAAAUGAGUGAUAUGUCACAUCUUCAACCUUGUAUUCAACGUAAGUGAAUAUUCAAAUGGCUCCCAGAGAAAGAAAAAAAUGAAAGAGAAAGCACCACUAGCUUGUUUUUUUGAGACAAGCAUCAGCAUGAAGAUGCCAUUAGUGUUCUCCCUCGGUGCAUUCUCUGUCUUUGCUCUACUCAAUUUAGGAAUUAGGAUUUAGCAUUUUGGUUGUCAUGGAUUCAGAUUGCUGGAUUCGUUUUGCUCGUUUCCAUGUGUCAUAUGGCCUUCUCUUUUCUUAGAUUUGGUCAAUGCACAUCUAUAACGUCUUAAUCUUGCUGGCUUUCAUAUAAUUGUAACAAUCUUUGUACAAUUACCAACUUACAUUUUUAUUCAACCCUGGUAUAUUUAAUGACCGUGUAGGCUGGUUCAAGGACCACUUUGAGGAAGUCAACAUCAGAAAUUUAAGUGCUGUUUAAGUUGGUAAAAAAUGAGAACAUGCGUAGCCUAUAUGUGUAAAUACUAAAAUACAAAUACUAAGAUAAUAUUAUAGUUACAAUCUCUUUAAAAAAAACAAUGAUCCAGAUGAGUUCCUUCUCAAUCCUCUGUUUUUGUCCUCAUAAGUCUCAUUGUAUCUACAGUUACAGCACAAUAAUACAUGACUGACAUGGGGAGUUUCAGACCCAAUAGUACUUAGGACAAAAAAAAACCGCCGUCUCACCUUCUCUUCUCUUCCUUCCAAUGGCAUGGCUUAUAAAUUGCACUUUCAAAAACAUUACUUCAUGGAGAAACAGGUCAUCAUUAGACCCGGUUAUUAAGAAAUGGGUCACCAUUAGACUAGGUCUUCACUGAACCGGUUAUGAUAAAACCAAUUACCUUUAUCGAAUAUGGUCUACUCACGUCUCACGGUAACAUCACAUCCAUCGAUUGAUUAUGCAAAGUCUCCGUAGAAAAAAUCGAUGAAGAUUGGUCAAAUCCGCACUAGGAUUGAAUAUUCAAUUAUGUGUGAAAAUUAAAUCUCUCAAAAUAGGAGGUUUCAGACAUCAAACAAAACACAAUGGGAAAGUGGGAGAUGGCCGUUAACUUGUCAGUAGUCUUCUGGUUUGUGCUCAUAAGCUCUUGUGCUGUCUCUGUCUCUGCACUGCAAUGCUUUAAUUUCUCUGAUUCUUUCACACCCAAUCAUGCCUACGACGUAAACCGCCGAGCCUUGCUCUCGUCUCUUUCUUCGAAUGUCCCCGCUAAUAACGACUUAUACACCACUGAUCAGAUGGGACAAGACCAGAACAGGGCAUAUGGUCUGGGGAUGUGCAUCCCAGGUUCUGAUCGACAAAAUUGCUCCAACUGUAUCUACUUUGCUUCUGUUGGGUUGAUAGACAGAUGCUCUAACCAGACAGAAGGUGUCGCUUGGGCAGAAUUUGAUACUUUUUGCAUGGUACGUUACUCCAACCGUUCGUUCUUUGGAUCGCUCGAUGUGGUACCAGUUAUUCAAUCGCUAGAGGCAGAGCCAGUUAUCCAAGUCACCUUGACAGACUUUGAUAAUGCAUGGGAGGCCUUGAUGCGUCGUGUGAUAGCCGAAGCUACCUCGUCGUCGUCAGGGUCCAACACCAUGUAUUAUGGGGCGGACAGACAACAGCUUGGUACUUCGCGGAGUAUAUACGGUUUCGUGCAAUGUAGUAAAGAUAUUUCUCCGUCGAACUGUGAACAAUGUUUAAGAAAGAACCUGGAUGACUACAGAUCGUGCUGCAGUGGGAGACAACGUGGCAUUACUGAGAGACCGAGCUGUUUCAUGCGAUGGGAUCUUGAUCCAUUCUUUGGACUUUUUGAGGAUAACGCAGCGCCAGAUCCAACUCCCCCUCCUGAAAAAGGUGACAGAAAGAUACCUAUUGGAGUUGUGGUGGGAAUCACUGGUGUUCUCACCUUCGUGAUCAGUAUGCUGCUUUCAUUAGGGGUUGCUCUUUGUAUUAGGAGAAAAACGCAAACUGAAAUUGCAGAUGACAUUACAACCUCAGGCUCAUAUCAAUUCUAUUUUAGAGAAAUUGAAGCUGCAACAUGUAACUUCCAAAAGAGUAACAAGCUUGGUCAUGGUGGAUUUGGUGAAGUUUACAAGGGAACGUUCCAGAAUGGAACCGAAGUUGCUGUGAAGAGACUCUCUACAAAUUCUGGUCAAGGUGAACAAGAGUUUAAGAACGAGGUGCUUCUUGUCGCAAAGCUCCAACACAGAAAUCUGGUUAGGCUUCUCGGGUUUUCAGUUGAAGAAGCAGAAAGGAUACUUGUCUACGAGUUUGUGCCCAAUAAAAGUCUCAACUACUUCCUCUUUGGUAAGACAGACCCUGUAAAGAGGAGUCAACUGGAUUGGAGAAAACGCCACAACAUUAUUAGAGGAAUCACUCGAGGGAUGUUAUAUCUUCAUCAAGAUUCACGGCUCACAGUUGUACAUCGUGACCUCAAAGCCAGCAACAUUCUUUUAGAUGCCGAUAUGAAUCCAAAAAUUGCUGAUUUUGGAUUGGCAAGGAAUUUCAGAAUGGACCAGACUGAAGCAAAUACAGGAAGAGUAGUCGGAACAGUCGGUUACAUGCCUCCUGAGUAUGUGGCUAAUGGGCAAUUUUCGAUGAAAUCUGAUGUGUAUAGCUUCGGAGUACUGAUUCUGGAGAUUAUUGGUGGCAAGAAGAAUAGUAGCUUCCAUCAGAUAGAUGGCUCAUUACGAAACUUGGUCACAUAUGUUUGGAGGCUUUGGAACAAUGAAUCAUUGUUGGAACUUUUAGAUCCAGCCGUUGGAGAGAAUUAUGAUAAGAAUGAAGUCACUAGAUGCAUCCAUAUCGGGUUAUUAUGUGUUCAAGAAAAUCCAGCUGAUCGUCCAACCAUGUCUACAAUCUUUCAGAUGCUCACUAAUACUUCAAUUACUCUGCAUGUGCCUCAACCACCUGGAUUUUUCUUCAGGGAUGGAGCCAACCCAUUAGCCGAGGGGUUAACAAUUGGUCAGUCUAGUAUCAUGUCUUUUGCUUGUUCUGUCGAUGAUGCAUCGAUUACAAGUGUUAAUCCUCGUUGAGAUUAUAGUCUUUCCAUAAGCCAAGACCCAAUAGUAAUUUCAUUGUUAAUGUACACCGAAGUUCACGUUA